AUGCUGAAGGGAAAGUCACCAGUAAACACUUACAACCUGCUGGCUCUGGAGAACUCACAGGAAGGUUUAACGGAAGAACGAAUAUGCCUGGCUUUCCAAGCCUAUGAUGAGCUUGUACCCAAACUUGGAGUGUUCACACCUAUCUUCCAGAAGCUGAGGAUUGAUUUGUUUGAGGCUGUUUAUAGUGAUUAUCUCACUGGAACAUCAGAAAAACGUGCUGAUGGAGACACUGAAUACAUACAGAGACUGCCAUACUUUUCUUUAGUUCAGCAAUUGUUCAGGCAGAAACAUGAUUACAAUGAGGAAUUGAAAGAACAACUGGAUAGUGUUAAAGAAAGGCUGUUAGAGGAACACAGACUAUUAGAAGAAGCCCAAGAAACAGUCACUGCUAAAGAAAGUCUCAUCAGUUCUCUUAGUACCACAGCUGUGGAACUGGAAUCAGUUAUUGGAGACAAAGACAAGCAAAUCAAUGAGCUGAAGAAUGAGUUUGAGAAAGCAAGAGAAAUGUUCAAAAGCAGUCAAGUUCAAUGGGAAUCUAACAUAGCUGAGCUUCAAGAAUCCCUUUUAGAAGCUAGGAAUGAGAAUAAUUUUUUGUCAGGAUUCAAGAAAGGAUAUGAUGCAGUCUACAAUGCAUUUCUGGACAAAUCUGAUGUAUUCGAAUGUGAACCAGAGAAAAAUGAACAACCAAUAAUAUGUGCACAAAAUUCCACUAUCCUGAGUAACGCUGAAGAAGGUCAGAAACUGGAGGAGCAGAUUUUAGCAGUCAUAAACAUCACCAUUGAUG